AUGUUUGCUGCCAAGUUGUCUCAAAUUCCGGUUGGAUUCACUGCACUUGGACAGCUUCGUGGAUUUGCAACGCUUAAGGAUAUUUCAAUUCGUCUGAAAUCUGUGCGAAAUAUACAGAAAAUUACAAAAAGCAUGAAGAUGGUAUCAGCUGCCAAGUACAACAAGGCAGAACGUGAAUUACGGGGUGCCCGGGUUUAUGGUAUGGGCGCCUUAAAAUUCUACGAUAAUAUUGGUGUUUCGGAAAUAAAUGGCGAGUGUGAGACAACGACUGUUGCUUCAAAAUAUAAAGAAAAACGCUUAUUAGUGCUAAUUACAUCUGAUCGAGGAUUAUGUGGGGCUGUUCACUCAUCUAUUGCAAAGGAAGCAAGGCGGCUUUUGGCAGAAAAAAAUUUGGAAGCAGAGUACAAACUUGUUCUUGUUGGCGACAAAGCCAAAGCAGCUAUGCAGCAACUUUAUGCUAGACAUGUAUUAUUUUCAUGCAAUGAAAUUGGCCGUUUACCACCGACUUUUGAAGAUGCUUCAAUUAUAGCUGCUAAAAUCCUUUCAUCAGAUUUCAAAUUUGAUAAGGGAUUCAUUCUGUACAAUAAAUUCAGAAGUAUCGUUUCGUACAAAACAUCUGUAAUACCAAUGUUUACUCUAGAUGCAAUUAUGAAAAAAUCAGCCAUAUCAUUGUAUGAUUCAGUCGAUGAUGCUGUCCUGUUAGAUUAUGCUAACUAUUCAUUAGCCCAGUUGCUGUACUAUGCUUUAAAAGAAUCUGCAGCAUCAGAGCAAAGUUCUCGUAUGACUGCCAUGGAUUCAGCUAGCAAGAAUGCUGGAGAAAUGAUUGAUAAGCUUACGAUGUCACUCAAUCGAACACGACAGUCGGUCAUUACUCGGGAAUUGAUCGAAAUUAUCUCUGGGGCUGCAUGUGUUUAA